AAUACUGUGAUCACUGCACAAUAAGUUGUUGUGAGAUGUAUGUUACAACUACAAGUGUCGAAACCUCGACUACUACCGUGCUACGAUACCUGUGCACUUCUCCACCCUAACUCGUUCAGCGUCUUACAGUGGCGUGUCCGGCCAGCACACUAGCCAAGAUAACAGUUACAAUUACAAGUUUGUGGCUUUCGUCAGUUGCCUUGUCGAUGUAUCUUGACGAAGCAGUGUGUUAAUGUACGUAUACCUACAUUCAAAAAUGCGAUUUCAAGAGGAAAACUAUAAUGCUACACAGGGUUUUCAAUCGAUUUGGCUGAAUUCAUCGCAUGGUCUUUUGUGAUAGGCACAUGUCAGGGUAGUGAUUGACAAGCCUGAAACCCCGCCCCCUUUAGCCGUCAUGCAUUCAAUGCGAUCAUUGAGGAAACCAUGCCGAAGAGAGUACCACAGUAUCAUAGUCAGUGACGGUGAUGUUGACUCGCUAGAUUCAACCACGGGCGGGUGUAAGCCCUUGUUUUUUCAACCAUCUUACUUUCCCGCGCUUUGGUUUUAAUAUUGUUGCUCAAACUUCAAGUUUUGACUUGGAUCGAGCCAUUGGUGGGCCUUUGAAUGUAUCCAAACCAUGAAUGUAGAUUGGGGGAGCUGUCUUGUGGUGUUACUUGUGUGGUGGUUAGGGACUGGACCUUCUCACGGACAAACGGAUAAUUCCAACAGGGGGAACACUAGUGUACUAGUACCAUCUCCGGAAACAAGCCGUAGAGGAGCUAGGAGCCACCACUUAGAAGAUGAUAUUCAAGUCGGAUGUCGACAGUUGAGAGCCAAACGCUAUAUAUCGGAUGGCUUCUGUACGUCGACGAAGCCUAUUAAUGAAGUGGUGUGUGCAGGUAACUGUUUACCAAUCAGACGAUUGCCAUGGUAUUCGGAGUUUGUGAAAUAUUGGUCUAAUGAUAAACUGAGGGAAUGGCAGUGUGAGGAGGACAUAGUGAGGCGGAAGAAAGUCCGCCUGCUUUGCCAGGACAAGACAAUUAGGACAUAUAAGAUUAAAGUGGUAAAAAGCUGCAAGUGCAAAAAGACAGUUGAUGAACACAACAGGACGAAACGGAAGAAGAGGAAGAAGAAAAGGAGGAAGAGUAGUAAGAAAACCAAGAGGCAAAAAAGGAAAACACAAAUUAGUACUAAUGCACCUUGAUUUCGAUGUACGGAGUACUGUUCCAUUUUUGAAUUGUGUCCCUUACACACCACCAUCCAUUUCAGACAAGUAAGGAAUGCUUCUGUCUUGCAAUUGGAUUUACAUCGUGUUUCGGUUGCAUCAGGUGUUUGCGUGGUGUAACAAGCAUUUGCUCAUGGAAGCAGUUCUGCAACCAAAUCAAAUAUUUCUUUCGAAAAAGUUCCAUCAAGUAUUGGAUACAAGUAAAUUGUGCUUGAUGUGCGUACGAAACUAUGGUUACUCCAUUGCGAGUACGAAACUAUGGAAGCACAGAAUACUAGAACCCACGUGAUGCAGUGGUACCAACAGACACAGUCUCGCUUCAGUUGUGACGUCAUUGUGAUGAAUCUUGCAACUGGUUGCAUUAGUGUGUGAGUGUGCACUACUGGAGAUUUUCGAUCUCAAAAUGGCUUUCUCGUCGAAGGAAAAGGUGUACUUUAAGAAAGGCCUGUUUCCGUUGUGGUCAGUGGAGAACUUGUUUUGGCAAGUUCAUUUAUAUGUGCAUUUGAAACAAUUACUUCUUCCCGGAGUAAACGUGAAGGGAUAACUGGUAAAUGGCAUCGACUAGGUAUUGCUAGAAUACAGUGGUGCAUUGUGAAGACUGAAGAUUUCAUUAUUCCUGGAUGUACGGAAUGUAGAACAAAUUGACCCUGUGUUAACGUGCUAUAUGGUGUAAUUUCCAAUUGUAGUGCUAAUACGUUUACUGACAUUUGACCCCUUGUGCUUCACAUGUGAAGAUAGUGCGAAAUGAAACUGCCGAACCGAGAAAAAUUUAUAUAACAUAACCAAAUUAACAUUGUUUGAGUAAUGUGUAUCUCCUGUGUUUUGAGCAGUAUUGUGACAUUUGGGUCUAAUCUAUCAUCCUUAAGACUAUACAUCGUAUUUAACUAUCACUGUAUUUAAUAACGCCAAAAUAACUGCAUUUUAGCAGACGUAGCUUGCAGUAGGUGAGCCCCCUGUUGCAUUCGGUGUUAAUAAACUGAAAUUUACCAAAGUUUAUUUCGUUUUCGUCCAGUAAAGCUUAGCAUUAAAAAUGAAAUAUCCACUGCCCAUCCCAGUGGCAGCACAAAAACAAGGGUGGGAACCUAUGUAUGCUUUCGAUGAGGAUAAGUUGCAAGAAUUGUACGAUAACUGUUGUUAUAUACUGUACAUAGGUCUAUGUAGACCACAUGUUGUUGAUAAGCGCUAGGUUGCUGUGAAGAUCGACCUUAAAUAUAUAAGUGUAUAAUCAUCAGCGAUCUUGUAAAUUCCUAAGUCGAUCUGUAAUCUAAAGAAUAAAAGCGACAAACAGUU